AUGAUCCAGUUCCGACAGGAGCUCAUGUACCCGUACAACCUGAGCGACUUGACGAAGAUUACAUCAGCCAAACCCCUACACGACCAGCCCCUGCCAUUCCGACUGCCAUUCUUUGGCUUCUGGUAUCACUAUAUUUGGGUCCAAAGGGACGGCUACCUGGCCUUCAAUAAGGGUUUACUGUCGUACAAGUUUCCCGUGAAGUUCCCGUCCGUACCCAGGGAUAACUUCCUGGAGGAGGACCCCUCGAUGAUCGCCCCCUGGUUUGCACAGCAGGAAAUACAUACGGAAGUGCCGCACGCGGGCGUCUACUUAAAGAUCGUAAACCUCGAGUCGGAGCUCAAUAUCACGUUAAGAGAUCGCAUAUACUAUGACUUCCGGGAGGGUAUGAUCGGUGCCUCCGAUUUC